UCGAAGCUUCCGGGUUCCCAGGCUGGCUUCCCCCAAGCUGUGGAAAGAAUACAGCUAAUUCAUCAACUGCGGCAGGAGUUCUUCCUUCCUGGUCAGGGUCCCUCUGUUUCUGGUUUCAGUGACAUACACAGAUACAAGCUGUGGAUGGUGCUCGGUUGAUCUGGGCACUGGCAAGUCGAAGCUUCCGGGUUCCCAGGCUGGCUUCCCCCAAGCUGCGGAAAGAAUACAGCUAAUUCAUCAACUGCGGCAGGAGUUCUUCCUUCCUGGUCAGGGUCCCUCUGUUUCUGGUUUCAGUGACAUACACAGAUACAAGGUGCCAGAUUCCUGGAACAUGGCUGUGCGUUUGUUAGAUACACAGUAUAAUGCAGAUUCCUAUCAGAAAUACAGAUUCUCUCCCUCUGAAAAUCUCCAAAGUGUCAUCUUCUCCUACCUGGAAGAAAAGAAAGUAGACCCCAUUCGUCUGGCAGUGGAUGUCGGCUGCGGGUCGGGACAAAGCACUCGCGUACUCGCAGCUCAUUUUGAGAAGGUGGUUGGAACAGACAUCAGUGAAGCUCAAAUAGAGGCAGCCAAACAAGCUGCCUCCUUCCCAAAUGUUUCUUACCAUGUGUGCCCUGCAGAGGAGCUGCCAUUUGUGGAUGGCUCUGUGGACCUCAUUACUGCUUUUACAGCUGCCCACUGGUUUGAUAUGCCGAAGUUCAUGAAAGAAGUGGAUCGAGUUCUCAGGCCACAUGGCUGUGUGGCCCUUAGUACCUACACUACAAACUUCAGUAUGCACUAUAAAGACUGUUCAGAGCGGCUUACAGAAAUCUUCACUGAGACCCAGGACCUGCUUCUUAAAUAUGCUGAUGAAAAAGUAAAUCUUGUCAUUGCAGAGUAUAAAGAGGUGUUUGAGUCUGUGCCUUUUCCAGACAAGAAGAGAGUUACCCAGAUCUUAGACAGAAUUCCCAUGUCUGUUUCUGGGGUGAUUGGGCUAUUCCAGUCCUUCUCCAUGUAUCAAGCCUUUCUGAGGAGCGACCCUGAAGGAGCAAAAUCCCUCCUUCAAAAAACUGAACAAAGGUUCCUGGAGACCAUGGGAGUUUGCUCUAAUGAAACCCAGGUAGAGAUCGGGAUAAGGAGUGUUUCUGUUCUAGGCUGCAAGGGGCCCUGAAUGGAAAAUCCAGCAAUGACCCCAUAGCCGGAAGAAAAAUCCCGAUUUUAGUAUCUACUUAUAACUGAUGUUAACACCUUUAAAAUAUUUUAUUAAGAUCUCAAUAAAGUCAAUGGCAAAACUCCUAUCUUCUUCAAUGGGAGACAAAGGAGGCACAGAAUUAAAUAGUGUCAAUAUUAGAAGGGCUUUCAUGGGGUGGGUUUUUUCCUAUUUAAAGAGGAAAAGUUCAGUGUUCUGUCUGGCCAUCGUUCAACAGGCAUUGGAAGAAAUCAAGGACCCUUUGCCACAUAGAAGGCUGCAGAGAUUGGAUCAUAUAUGGAAUAUGCAAUAAAUAUGUUACCUAACAGCUGAGAGAUUUUUAGAAGGCUUUAUAAUCCUACUGAGUGAAAAUAACUUGCAGCAAGAUCAACUGCUAUAUGUAAUUCCCUGUCAAUGGGGUAAGCAAAUAGGAACAGCAAUCAUGUUGUAGGGUUAUAGUAAUAAUACUUCACAGGCAUCUUUCAUCCAGAGCCCUCAAAGAGCUGUACCAGGUAGAUAAGUAUUACUGUCUGCACGCCACAUGAAGUGAAGUAGAGACUAGCCCAAAACGUGCCAAUUACAGAACUUCUCGUUACAGGCCAGAUUUUCAAAAGAACUUGGCUUCCAUUUAGGCACCAAAAUAACUGACGGGAUUUUCUAGAAAUCUCCGCACCUUGGGUGCCUAGCACU